AUGGUUGACCGUAAAAGAGCCGCUCGGGAUGAGAAGCGGAAGGUCAAAAAGGCAAAGACCAGGGAACCUUCGCCUGUUCUGGAUGUUGAGUCUGAGCAAUCUGCCAGUCCCGUGCUAGAAUCGGACACUGAGGCUAAAGACGACAAUGCCAGUGAUCUCGAUCUAAAGGACGACGCAGACCCUGAAUCGGAGCUCAGUAACGAAAAUGGAGGCGAAGACGCAAAUACCAAUGGGCAUACCAACGGAUCCAAGAGGCUAGAUAGUGAUGAUGAUGACGACGAAAAGAAAGGUAGUGGAAACGAAAGUGACGAGAGUGGAAACGAAGAGGAAGAGGAGGAUGAAGACAAUGCCGAGGGCAACGAUGCCGAUGAAGACGAUGAUGAAGAUGAGAAGAAACGUAUUUCCACUUUCCUGUUUGACGGCACUGACUACUCUUAUAAAGAACGUCCCUCUGUCCUAGAGGAGCGUGAAGGAAAGAUCGAGUUCCGCGUAGUCAACAACGAUAACACCCGAGAAAACAUGAUUGUUUUGACCGGUUUGAAGAAUAUCUUUCAAAAGCAAUUGCCCAAAAUGCCUCGAGUGUAUAUCUCGAGACUUGUCUAUGACCGUUCGCACUUGUCCAUGGCAGUGGUACGAAAACCUCUUACUGUUGUUGGAGGAAUCACCUACCGACCAUUUGACAACAGAGGCUUCGCUGAAAUUGUCUUUUGUGCCAUCUCUUCCACAGAACAGGUCCGUGGUUAUGGUGCGCAUCUUAUGAACCACUUGAAGGACUACGUCAGAGCCACCUCCCCGGUCAAGUAUUUUCUAACAUACGCCGACAAUUACGCUAUUGGUUACUUCAAGAAGCAGGGAUUCACUAAGGAGAUAACUCUUGAUCGACUGGUCUGGACUGGAUAUAUCAAAGAUUACGAAGGUGGUACUCUAAUGCAGUGCUCAAUGCUUCCGUCUCGCCUACGGUACUUGGAUCUGGGCAAGAUUCUAUUACUACAAAAAGCAGCAAUAGAAAAGAAAAUCAAAUCGCGGUCUCAAUCUCAUGUUGUUCGGCCGGGAAUUCGUCUCUUCAAAAAUGCCAAACCAGAUUUCAAGAUUCUGCCAAACGAUAUUCCCGGUCUUGUUGACAGCGGAUGGCUGGAGGAAAUGGACAAGCUUGCCCAAAAACCAAAGAGAGGUCCCCAUUACAAUUUCAUGGUGACUCUCAUGUCCGAACUCACCAACAACCCUCUGGCAUGGCCAUUCGCUGUCCCAGUCAACAAAGAUGAGGUGGGAGACUACUACGAUGUGAUCAAAGAGCCUAUGGAUCUCUCUACUAUGGAAUCCAAGCUUGAGAAUGAUAAGUACGAGUCGUUUGACAAAUUCCUCUACGACUGCAAGCUCAUUUUUAACAACUGCCGUGCGUACAAUGCAGAGACCACAACCUACUACAAAAACGCUACAAAAUUGGAAAAAUUCCUCAACAAGAAGAUCAAAGAGAGCGCAGAUUACUCUCACUACCUCGAGUAA